CGACGCACGUGCGUCGCCAUAAAAGCACUCGUGGCAUCCAUCCGGCCCCCGGCCGCGUCGCGACGAUGAGCGCCGCCGAGACGUCCAUCUGCGUUUCCGUGCUCUGCAUAUACGUCCUCAGAGCCACGCCGCCGUCUCGCGUCUUUGAUCACUUAGCUCACGCUAAGGAGCCUUCCCUGGAGAUCAUGCCAAACGGGGAUACGCAGACGAGGCCGAUCGGCUCCAGCAUCAUCCUCACGUGUAAGCCGAACGUCGACGACACGAAGCUGAUCAAGGACAUGCAGUGGAUCGAUCCUCAGGAUCGCGUGAUCGAGUCGCUCAAACUCGUCGUCUUGCCGAUGGAAAGCACGCCGGGCCAUUCGAAGCCGCCGAUGUACACCGAAUUGCUCCAGGAUAACAGCUUGUCUUUGUUCUUCAACUCUCUGCAAGAACAGCAGGCUGGCAAAUACACGUGCAAGGCCACGUACGCGAACUCGAUUCAACUGCAGAGAUCCGUGACGAUCGACACCAUAGUUGCGAUCACUUGGGACAAUGCACCGUCCAAUCAAUACCCUAUUCUCGGAGAAGACUUCGCCAUUCAGUGCAAAGUGAGGGCGAGGCCCUCGCCCUCGGUCGACUGGCUGUACAACGGCGAAUUAAUUAAGACGAACGACCACUACAUUAUAGAAACGUAUGCCCUGAAGAUCAAGAACGUUCAAGAAUCCGACGAUGGUAUUUACACUUGUCGUGCCUACGUGCUGACUACAGGAGAGUUGAAGGAACGACCAAUUCGUGUCGAGGUUCACAUACGGCCGACGGUGGAGGAGCUCUCGAGCCCGGUGGACGUGAUCGAGGGUGAAGACGCGAGCAUACAGUGCAAGGCACACGGUAAACCGCCGCCGAAGUUCACGUGGGUGAAGUCGCUCACCCAUCAGAAUCUGUCGAACGCCGAUCGUUUCGGGGUGGACCCGGACACCGGCGUGCUGACAAUCACGAACGUGAACCGGGAGGACGCCGGCGAGUACCAGUGCACAGCGACCAAUCUGGCCGCCCAGGCGAACACGAACAUCCGGGUGAACGUGAUCGUGAAGCCGAAGAUCAUGGAGUUCUUGAACAGCAGCGUGGUGCAGGACAAGGAGGCGAGCCUGGUGUGCAAGGCGUUUGGCAGGCCGCCGCCGCAGGUCACCUUCAGGAAGCUGACCAACGAUCAACCAUACGCGAAGGGUGCGCAGUUGGACGACGAUCGGAUCAUCCUGACCAACAGCGCCGACGACAUAACCGGCGAGACAGUUGGCCGGCUGACGAUCAGCGAGUCACUUCGAUCGAACGACGGCCUGUACGAGUGCAUCGCGGAAAAUGCAGGGGGUGAGGCGCGUCGGAACGGUCAUCUGACGGUGGAAUUCCCGCCGUCGUUCGCCUCGAUGCCGAAUACCAGCGUCUGGUCGUGGGAGCAGAAGCCCGUGAACAUCAGCUGCAUUGCCGAGAGCAUACCGAACGCCACCAUCCGCUGGACCGUGCACGGCGACCAGAGGAUCGACAACGACAACAUGAUCAAGCAGCUGGGCAACGGGCCGCUAUCCACGUUGAUGAUCGUGCCGCUGGACAAGCGUUACUACACCACUUACAAAUGCAUCGCCUCGAACGCGCACGGCACACGCGAGCGGAAUAUCGAGCUGAGAGAAGCCACGAAGCCGGGGGAGGUGCCGCAGGCGAAGAUGGCCGAGAUCACCGCCACCACCAUUCGAUUCGACCUGGUGCCGCCUAGCACCAACCCUGAACUACCAGUGAGAACCAUCACCGUUCAGUACAAGGAGGAAGGCCAGACCUGGAUGCAGGCGAGGAACAAGACGUGGACCGUCGAUUCGUUCUACGUGCUGGAAGGUCUGAAGCCGCACACCUCUUACGAGUUUCGAUUCGCGGCGAGGAACGAGGUCGGCCUUGGCAACUGGGGAGCGUAUCACCAGGAGAUCACGCCAGUUAGGACGUUCCCGAACGAGCCGAAGAUAAUAACGCCGACCGGCGAGUACGAUCUGUCCAGGUUCAAUAAUCAAUACGAGCUGGCUUGGCUGGCGCCGGCCGAUAACGGCGAGCCGAUCGAUAUGUAUCGGGUGAAGUACUGUCAAAUAAAACGCGUGUCAGGCGACUGGCAGCUGCUGGACGAUACUUGUCGCACGGAGGACGUGAAGACCCAAGGAAGGCUGAGGCACUGGCUGAAGAAUUUGUACUCGGACACGUUCUACAAAGUGGAAUUGAUGGCGCACAACGCGAUGGGUUUCAGUAAGCCAGGAUCCGCGAAGUUUAAAACAGCCAGGGGUAAGUUUCUGUCUUCAAAC